AUGAGUUGUAAGUGGAAUUCAAUUGAGCCUGCGUGCUUGAAGGGCUCUCUGGCGAGUGUUUUGCAGUCGAUCGAGUUUGACCAGAAGUGGUUUAAAAUCGCUCUGUUCUUUGUCGGGUUUAACCCGGUUUUCUGGAACGUCGUGGCUCGUCUGGAGUACCGUACGCAUUUUCUGACUAGGCUAGCCGGCGGUGCCAAGCGGGGCUGCUAUCUUCUUGCGUUCACGAUCUUUAGUCUAGGGGUAGCACGGGACCUGUGUUUCGAGUGGGCGUUGCGUUCGCAGCCGGUUUCUGCCGUGUUGGACCAGGAGCUCGUCAGGAACGCCGGACGCGUGUGUAUUGGCGUGGGACAGGUGUUGGUGGUCACGUCGAUGUAUCAGCUGGGCGUCACGGGCACGUAUCUGGGGGACUACUUCGGGAUCUUGAUGGAUCACAUUGUCACAGCGUUCCCCUUCAACGUGUCGAACAACCCCAUGUAUCAGGGCUCGACGCUCUCGUUUCUGGGCUACUCUCUGCUGCAGGGCAAGCCUGCAGGCCUGGUGAUCACGCUGUUUGUUCACACCAUGUACAGUGUGGCGUUGAAGUUCGAGGAGCCCUUCACGGCCAAGAUCUACGCCCAGAGAGAUGCUCAGAGGGCUAAAAAAGAGUAG